UGCAGGGAGCUACCGUAACCCAGCCAUGGACACGGACUCCGGAGACCUGAGCGAGGGGGAGCUCUCCCCAGGCCCUGAGUUAUUCAGCUCAAAGAGCUUUGCUGUUCAAGCCCAGAAAAAAAUCCUCAGCAAAAUGGCAACAAAGUCCAUGGCGAACAUGCUAAUUGAUGACACAAGCAGUGAAAUAUUUGAUGAGCUCUUCAAAGCAACAAAGCAAUACGUAAAGAACAAGAAAGAGGCUCACAAAAUUCUAAAGGACCUUGUUAAAGUAGCUGUAAAGGUUGGAAUCCUUUACAGAAACAACCAGUUCAAUCAGGAAGAACUGGAAAUAGUAGAAAAAUUCAGGAAAAAGUUAAACCAAACCUCCAUGACAGCUGUGAGCUUCUAUGAAGUCGAAUAUACUUUUGACAAAAAUGUACUUUCUGAACUUCUGCAUGAAUGUAAAACUAUACUACAUCAAUUGGUGCAGCGCCACCUGACACCGAAAUCUCAUUCUCGCAUUGACCGAGUCUUCAAUCACUUUGCUGAUGUAGAGUUCCUUACGGCCCUCUAUAGCCUUGAUGGAAACUGCAGGCCGUACCUCAAAAAGAUUUGUGAGGGAGUCAAUAAAUUGCUGGAUGAAAGAAUUCUUUAAAACUUUGCCUUCAAACCCAUCAGGACAAUGUAAUGAGAAAACAGCAUUUUAAAGAAAUGUUCAUCCCAAGAUGCCAGAUAAGAGCACAGCCGAUGUCUGUAUGGAGUCAAACGUU